CAGAGGAGGAUGAUGAUGAAGAUGCAGACACCACAGCCCCAAUACCUCCUCCAGUGCAGUGGCACUCCUGUGUGAUAUGCUGGGGACUCGAACCUGGGCUGUCCACAUAGUAAAACAGUUAGACAUUCUAGCUCCUGUCACUGCGUUUGCUGGGGGAUUCUUGAGGAGACUGUGCGUGGCUUUCCAUGCUGUUCUAUCUGUGGCUCCCCUGUUGCUGUGGAGAUCAAGUUCCAGAUGGCUCAGCAGUGCUUCCCAAAUGAGUAUUUUGACAGUUUGCUGAGUGCUUGCAAAGCUUGUGACCUUCGGUGUUCUGGUACCCCUCCUCAGACUUGUCAGCGGCACUGUAAUUCCACGAGAGGAACAAAUACCCUUCUCUGGACCUGCUUGGGGCUGAGCUUGACAGUGUCUCUGACGGUUUUCGUGUUGAUGAUCUUGAUGAAGAUGAAAUAUGAGCCACGAAGGGACGCCUUUCAGAACACAGGAUCAGUACUGCAGAACGAGCCCAAGGCAGACCUGGAGGCUGGCAGGGCAGGCGCGGAGAUGUUUCUCUCUCGAGGCCUGGAGUACACGGUAGAAGAAUGCACCUGUGAAGACUGCAUCAGGAGCAAAGCGAAGGCUGACUCAGACCACUUCUUCCCACUCCCAGCCAUGGAGGAAGGUGCAACCAUUCUUGUCACCACAAAAACAAAUGACUACUGCAGUAGUCUUCCGGGGACCAAGUGUCACCCGGAUGGUGGAGUCUACUUCUACUGUAAUUGAUCGUGUCUGCUGGUAUAAAGCUACUUAAAACAAAGCAAAACAAGAACCAAACAACAACUUUUGUCAAGAAGAAAAGAUGUAGUGGAUGGCUUCAGGAUGAUUGCUGCUUAUAGAGCUUUUGUAUUCUGCUUCCUCCACCUCCUCCCCCUGCUGCUCCUCUCUCUCUCUCUCUCCCUCUCUCUCUCUCUCUCUCUCUCUCUCUGUCUCUCUUUAACCAGAGCACCCCUCAGGUCUGGCAUUUGUGAUGUUGUGGGUGGAAGCACCUAGGAUCAGUCAGAUAUGCAAGAACUUCAUGCUCCGUCCCAUCCUGCUGAUAGAGUUUAAAUGUUAAACAUAUUUCUCUGGGUUACUUCUGGGAGCUUCUCUGUGGAUGCUUACUUGCUUACUUGAUUAAAUUGCUGAGCUGCUGAAAACAAAACAUUACGGUGUGCAGAUCCCUUCGCCACACAUUUCUAUGACUAGACCAUGUCUCUCCUCUCAAGUGCCUGUAGCCCACGAUGAGAGAAUUGGGGUAACAAAGCCAGACGGCCUGGGAUUGAAUCCCGACACUGUUACUAGGAAACUGUAGACUUUAGGUGGCCGUGAAUUACUCUAUGCCUCAGUUCUCUCACUGGUAAGCAUCUGCUUGUAAGGGUGUUUUAUUAAAGACUGAAUGAAUAUAUGUAUAUGUACACAUAGUUACACACUCACUUAUGUUGCUCCUUAAAAGUACCUGGCUCCUGAGUAUUCUGUGUUGGUUGCUAUUGCUGUGAUCUUUUUUUUCUGCCUCCAGGGUUAUUGCUGGGGCUCGGUGCCUACACCAUGAAUCCAUGAAUCUGCUCCUGGAGGUCAUUUUUUCCCUUUUGUUUUACCAUUGUUGUGGUUAUUAUUAUCGUUGUUAUUGAUGUCAUUGUUGUUGGAUAGGACAGAGAGAAAUGGAGAGAGGAGGGGAAGACAGAGAGGGGGGAGAGAAAGACAGUCACCUGCAGACCUGCUUCACCGCCUGUGAAGUGACUCCCCUGCAGAUGGGGAGCCGGGGGCUUGAACCGGGAUCCUUAUGCCGGUCCUUGCGCUUUGUGCCACGUGCGCUUAACUCACUGUGCUACUGUCCGACCCCUGGUGUGAUAAUUUUUAUUAGCCCUUUGAGCUGUAAUCUCUCUGAGGGCAAGUACAACCUUCUUGUCUCUUAUAUGGCCUUAGAAAUUUGAUUCUGGGGGCCCGGGUGGUGGCGCACCUGAUUGAGUGCACAUGUUACAAUGUGCAAGGACCCACCUUUGGGUCCCCGGGGAGAGAAAGAUUUAUGAGUGAAGCAGGGCUGCAGGUGUCUCUGUCUCUCUUCCUUUCUAUC